AAACCACCUCAAGAGCGCACAACAAGAACAGCGUGUGUGUUAGUAAGCCGUAGGUGGAUAUGGUUUGACUUGUUUCCUCCAACAGGACUUCUUAGAGACGCACACCAGCCCGCGUCUUCAUUUCGGUGGGCUCACAAUGCGCAGCAUAAUGGAUGAAUACUGUUUUUGAAACAGAACUCCACCGUUAAGUCUCAACUGGGACGAUCUAUUUUUAACUACCUGUACUUUUUUUCUCCUCCAAAGGUAAUCUCGUCGAAUAACGCGUUGGAUAGAGCAGAAUGUGGACAAAACAAGAAGUGCGUAAAGCGGCUGAAGUGGAAGUGAGGAAAAGUGAAGUGUGAGGCUGAGAAUGUGACGGGGACACCACCGGGCAACUGGGCUGCAAGUUUCCUGAGCUUGGAGAUUUGGCGAGGGCGCAACAAGAGCGGAAAGUGUUAAAGCUGCGCGCUGGAUCAGUCCUGCACUACUACAGUACUACACUGUGUUAAUUGGCAGAUCAGCGCAUGAACUCAUAUCAUAUUUGGCUUAAUAUCAAACUUUAUGAACAAUCAGUAAACGGGGAUAAAUCUUAAUUUUGGAUAAAUUCACAGUUUACAAUCCACUGAAUCCACUGGGUCAAAUUCAUCUAGGCUACAGCACUUUUUUCCCCCCCAAAUUAUUCGACUUCCCCCCUUCGAUCCUUUUCCCUUCAUUUUUGCAAUUCUGAUUCCCGAAGUGGCUCCGAAGUGGUGUUGCGGCUCCUCGUCCCCGGCGGAUCCGGAGAUUGGAGUCUGUGCACCGGGAGGAGGCGGAGUCGGAGCUCCGGCCACACCGCAGGCUCCCAAGAGCGGCCGCGUCAAAAGGAUGGUGCGACUGGCGGCGGAACUGCUGCUGCUCCUGGGACUACUUCUCCUUACCUUACACAUCACGGUGCUGCGGAGCAGUCCGCUGCCCCAGGGAAAUGUAACUCUGAGCUUGGAUCAGGACACAGCACUUACAGAGAACAACAUAAAUGCAAAAAGCAGCUCGUCUGCCCAGCUGGUUCCUGAGGACCGGAGGUCUGGUCCAGAACACCGGUUGGCCCUGCCCUGGGCACAAGGCAGCAACAUACACAGGGAUGGCCCUGGCACUUUCCUCCUAGAUCUGCACAAUUUCCCCGACCUCUCCAAAGCAGAUAUCAAUGGACAGAAUCCCAACAUACAGGUGACCAUUGAAGUGGUGGAUGGACUGGAGGGCCACGAGCCAGAGAAAGGCCUCCGUAAGGAAAGCAAACCCAACUGGGCUUCUCCUAACUGGAGAAACUGGUGGCCUCAUACCUCUUCAUCCUCCUCCUCUUCCACCACUCAUCAAACAGAGGAGCACGAUCGCUCCUACGGGAGCAACAGUGAGGACAGCAACUUCCUCAGGCCACCGGCAGACUGGGACAGGAGAGGAGGCACUGGGGGAGGAAGCAAAGCUCAAACUGAAUACGACUACAUGGAUGGAGAGGGGGACUGGAGUAACUGGUCUGCGUGCAGUGUGACCUGUGGAAAUGGCAACCAGAAGAGGACCAGGUCAUGUGGUUAUGCCUGCACAGCCACAGAGUCCAGGACUUGUGAUAUGCCCAACUGUCCAGGUAUUGAAGAUGCCUUCAAGACAGCAGCUACUGAAGUCAGCCUGUUAGCUGGAACAGAUGAGUUCAAUGCCACAGAACUCUUUGGUGUUGACACAGACAGCUGCGAGCGCUGGAUGAACUGCAAGAGCGACUUCUUGAAGAAGUACAUGACCAAGGUGGCAAACGACCUUCCCAGCUGCCCUUGCUCUUACCCAACUGAAGUGGCGUACAGCACAGCAGACGUACACGAUGCUCCCACGCGCCGAAAUUUCCGCUGGAAGGAUGCCAGUGGGCCAAAAGAGAAGCUGGAGAUCUACAAGCCCACAGCCCGUUACUGCAUCCGCUCCAUGCUGACGCUAGAGUCCACCACGCUGGCCGCACAACACUGCUGCUACGAUGACAACAUGAAGCUCAUCACUCGCGGCAAAGGGGCCGGCACGCCUAACCUCAUCAGCACAGAGUUCUCGGCCGACCUGCACUAUAAGGUGGACAUCCUGCCCUGGAUCAUCUGCAAAGGGGACUGGAGCCGCUAUAACCAGGCCAGGCCGCCAAAUAACGGGCAGAAAUGUCCAGACAACCCUCAGGACGAGGACUACUACAAACAGUUUGAAGAGGCAAGGGAAUUCUAGCCCGCUGUAGAGUGAAAGGAAAAAACACACUGCUUAAAAAUUCAGCUAAACCUCAAAAAUGGUGCUGAAACCAUUUUUUAUUCUGUUUUAGGUCAAAUAACAAAUGAACUUUUAGGCUCUGAGGAACAAGACUUAACUGCUCUUUUGAACUGGGAGGAAUAAAAAUCCAACAGAGUCAGACCCCUUACUUGGUCACAAGGAACUUUUCUUGACUUAACUAAAAACAGGCACAAAAUGUUGCUUUGUUUUUAAAUUUUUUUUAUAAAAUAUGCCUCUGAAAUUUUGCCAGUAAUUGAUUUGCCAAUUAUAACUCAGUCAGAUUUGGUCACUAAAGGGAGAGCUUACUUUGUAUUCUUAAAAAGGGAAAAUUGUAAUUCUAGGAAUGUCCGUUUAGAUUGUGUCUGCGUUCGUCUCCAUAGUUUGUUUAUGUUUGGUGAAUCUGAGAAGCCUGUGAUAAUAGAAUAAUGAGAUCCUUCAGGAAUGGGCUGUGGUGGGGACAGAGGACAGAGUGCAAAACUUCCCAUUUUCUCCCAUUUUAUCAAUUGCAAUAUCCAGGCUCUCAUGUAAGCUUGUGAAUAUGUUUAUUUAGCAUGCAUUUAAAAAAAAUGUUACCAAUAAUUUACAACUGUGUCCCUCGUGUCUCUGAGGCAGAUCUUCAUUGUAAAAAGCCUGCAUUAUUUUUGUAAAGUAUUUAUUAAGCUGUAGCUGCGUCUGAGUUGGGUGUCUAUGACUGUGGUUUCUGAUUCACAUACUGUAUGGCUGAAUGCUAACUUGAGAUUCCUCCCUAGCUCAAACUUUGCCAUCACCGUGCAUAUCCCUGUCUCAAGUUAGGAUUAAACCGUUAUAGACCGUAAAGAAUGUGUGAAUACAACUGUACGGAAAGAUGAAAUAUAAAUCUAUAAAUAAAUGCUAAAAAAUGCCAAUGAA